CCGACCCGUUCGUCGUACCCUUCGGAGGAGCCGCAUCCUUCGAGCCCCGGCUUCCAAUCCCGGCCGAAAUUUUCCGCUCAUUGCCGAACUAUGCGUGGUGCGAGAUGGUGUGUUCUCUGACCAACAAUAACAACAACAACGCAAGUGGAAAGAGCUGCACGGACACGGAGCCCUGCACGAACUUGCAGUCUCGUUCGAGCCCCGAGGCGCAGCCAGCCGAGACGAACAUGUCGUCGUUGAGCGACGCUCACAGGCGGAACAGCCACUUGGAGGGCGACAGAAGUUCGUCGGCGGGUUCAUCUCUGGGCUCGUGUUCGCCGCCUCCGGCGUCCAGCCACUCGCCACCGCCGCCGCGGCCGCCCUGGCUCCACGAUUUUCAUGCGGCGGCCGCGCCUCACGUUCUCCAAUUUCUGAAUCUAAGCGCCGCUGGCGGAAGCAUGCUGGCUAGCCAACCGCUGGCAGCGUUGCACUCGAUGGCCGAGCGAAGUCAUCACCAGCAGCAACAUCAUCAGCAGCAGCACCAUCAGCAGCAGCAGCAACAACAUCAGCAGCAGCAACAGCAGCAGCAGCAGCAGCAGCAACAGCAGCAGCAGGUGCAUCAUCAGGGGCAGCAACAAGCAGCCGGGAUACAACUGCCGAGAAUCAGCGUGCCGUUGUCCACCAUCACUCAGGGGCAGACCUCGCCUACCGGAAGCGGAAAGCACAGCCCCGCGACUUCCAUCACCUCCGUCGGUAGCAAUCCGCAUGGCAUCGACACGAUACUAUCGCGGCCGGCGGCUACGCAUCCUCAGGCGCCCGUGUCCGCUGCACACGCCGCGCUCCAGCCGACGCCGCACCCCCAGCACAUGACCGCGCCAAGGUACGGGAUGCACGCGGGAUUCACUGCAUCGUCCGGUAUCGGGCAAUUUCAACAAAGAACGGAGCCACGGCAUCCUGCUGUCUAUUGGCCAGGUCUUCAGGGAUUAGUCAGUGAUCCCCUGGGAUGGCGAGCAAGACUACACACACGUGAGUGUUCCUUUUCUCUCUCUCGAUAUAUAUAUAUAUAUAUAUAUAUAUAUAUAUAUAUAUUUCGCUACGUGGCAAAUGUAUGCAACGUAUUACACAGAACAGAGAUUGUUCACGACGUUUUGCAAAUAAGAAAGAAUUUCGUAACGCGAGAGAGUUUCGUAUUCGUAUUACACGGUGGAUGA